UCACGGGGAGUCCACGGCUGCCCCCACCCAACAGGAAGUAGCGCCCAGCUCUCCCCACCUCAGUGCAGUUGCUUUUCCUGUUGGGAAUAAAGUGCCAGAGACUCAACUUCCUUCCUUUCUGCUUUGAAGAGGGAGGGGCCUUGAGGGGAAGAAGGGGCUUCUGGGCUGUGAAGUGGGAAAGAGGUUUCCUUGGGGAGAGGAAUUUGGCUGGUGGUGCCAAAGGAGCUAGAGUCCCUCAGGUCCCGUGAGCAGUGAGGGUGUGCCCAGUUCUGCAGGAGAGAGAAGGCUAUUCUCAAGGCCAAGGCCACUUGCAGAGGAGGGAGAACUGGACACCGGUCAGAUCUGGGUCAAAGGAACAUCCACUCUGCCUGAGCUACUGCAGGCUCUCGCCCCCACUCCUACCAUAUCUGCAGCUUCCUGAGGCACACCAUGGACUCAGCAGCCAAGGACAAAAUACAACCCAGACUUCUUCCUGGUAUGAGCCUUACUGGCUGGACUUGGGGAAGGGUGAUGUGAAGACAAAUGGGAAUGGUGGGUUUUCCUGUCAGGUCUAGCUAGAACUCUAUAGGGCCGAAAAGAGUGGGCUGUCCUGAGGAAAACAGAAGGGCAGCAGGUUUGUUAACCACAGACCCUCCCUGACUGACACAACCACCCAGGCUCUUCCUGCCCAAGGCCUGAGUGGCCAGAGCAGGAGAGGGCUGAACAGCUGGCUCGGGGAGCGGCGCUCAAGUGGGCUUCAGGCAUCUUCUACAGGCCAGAGCAGCUGACCAGGCUGGGCCAGUACCGAAGCCGUGAAGUACAGCGUAACUAUUCCUUGGAAGCGCGAAUUAAGCGGUGCAGUCAUACCUGGAAGGUGUGCAGACUGGUGUGUGGCAGCUGACUCAAGCCCUUGAGGCUGUGCAGGGAACACGAGAAGCCCUGAGACAGGCCCAUCACUUACUCCAGGGUUUGUCUCAGACCUCACAAACCCUGGAACCCAUGAGGGAAUGUGUCGUCCAGCACAAACAACUCCAGAUCCUGACUCAGUUGUUGCCAAGAUUACAAGCAGUACCAGCUGCAGUGGCCCACACACAGACCCUGAUAGAUGCUCAGCGAUUCUUGGAGGCAUAUGUGAACCUGCGGGAGCUAGAGCAGCUGCAAGAGGAGACAUGGACACCCUUAGGAGGGCUGGAGUUGCCAAUCUUCCAGGAGCUUGGCCUUCUGGCUGAGGCUCUGGGCCAAGCCGUGGAGGCGGCUGCAGGAGCUGCAGGGCGGCUGGCCCGUGAAGAUCCAACCCUACUGGUAGCUGCUAUUCGAGUGGCAGAGGUGGAGACUGAGCGCACAAUCCUGGGACAGGCACCCCGAGACUGGCGGCAGCGAUGUCUUCGGGCACUACAGGAAGGCCUGGAGCAGCUCCACUUUGCAUCGCCUGUGCUUCCUGAGCCAGGGGCCCUGUCAGGGUGGCUUGAGGCUCUGCAGGUAGCCUUGCCUGCUGAGUUGGCAACAGCUGAAGCACUGGUGGCACCCUGCUGCCCACCAAGCUACCACGUGGUUCGGCUAUGGGCCCACACCCUGCACAGUGGCCUGCGCCGUAGCUUGCAGCAACUCCUUUCUGGGCCUGAGCUAGGAGCUGCUGACACCUUUGCCUUGCUGCACUGGGCGCUGCAUGUGUACAUGGGGAAGGAAAUGAUGGGGAACUUGGAGCUGGGGCCUGAGGCCGAUGUGUCCCAGCUAGAGCCCCUCUUGACCUCAGAGAACAUUGAGCAGCUGGAGGCAGCAUUUGUGGCUCAGGUCCAGGUAAGUGUGGCUCAGUGGCUAAAGAAGGCACUAGAUGGGGAGGUUGCCGAAUGGAGCCGGGAACAGGAGCCCACCACAGAUCCAUCCGGUUUCUACCACUCACCAAUGCCAGCCAUUGUACUGCAGAUCCUGGCUGAAAACAUUCAAGUAACCAGUCUGAUUAGUGACUCAUUGCAUCGGCGGGUGCAUGACAUGGCAGUGUCAGAAUUGGGUGCAUUCUUGAGAAGUUUCAGUGACUCUCUGAUCCGAUUUUCCCGAGACCAUCUCAGGGGAGAAGCCGUGGCCCCUCACUAUGUGCCCUACCUACUGGCUGCCUUCAACCACCAAUCAGCAUUGAGAUCUUCAGUCUCGGUCCUGCUGCCCGACGGGGAAACUUCCGGGGUCUUAGCUCCAGUCGAAGCCGCUCUGGACGACGUAGAGAGGAGGAUCUGCCGCCUGGUUUUGGAAGUACUGCAGGCUGAGCUCCAGCCCCUGUUCGCCGCUCUGCCCUCGCGCCGAUGGCUAUUGAGUUCCGAGUUGCUGGACAGUGUGUAUGAGCAGACAUUGCACUUCUGCAAGGACUUCUGGCGCGUACGGAAGCCUGCUGUUCAGCUGCUGCUGACGGAGACGGAACGAACCGUGGUGUUGCAUUACCUCAGGGCGCUGAUGCAGGGCCGCCUAGUGUGCCGCGGUGCGGACGAGCGGAGCCAGGCGGCUGAGCGCCUUCAGCACGAUGCUGCUCAGCUUAAAGAGCUUUUCCUUGGUUUGGGCCUGGAGGAGAGCGCUCACUGCGCGCCCGUCCUGCUCGCGCUGAGGGAACUGCUCAACCUCCACGACCCCACACUGCUUGGCCUCGAGGUGGCAGGCCUGAGGCAACAAUUUCCCGACGUGAGCGAGGAUCAUGUCUCUGCCCUCUUGGACCUGCGCGGAGACGUGUCCCGAGAGCAUCGUCAGGCAGCACUCAGUUCGCUGCAGGCCGGUCCACCGCCUUCACCUUCCACCGGCCGCCGGGCACUCUUCAGCCUGGUACCGACGCCUACGCCCUCUCUGUCCUCCUGCCUCCCCUCGGGUCCCUGCUCCUGACACCCAUCUGUUUGUGUAAUAAAGCCACGUUUACCGCA